GGUAUAUUUUCAGGCGGUUUCUCACAAAUCAGAUUCAGGUUUAGUACUUUUUCGUGAGCAGACGAGAUCCACGUUACUCAGGCGGCAAAAAAGGGAGCAUACAAACCGUAGUAUUUUGGGACUAUUUUUGUCGUGUAAAUUUCACGUUUGCGGUGGAGCAGACUUGAAUAAUUUUUUUCGCACCCUCUUUGGCUCUGUUACUUAUCUGUUAUCAUACUUUUCUAAGGUAUCAGCUAGCUAGUUAGCUAGCUUCUCAGGCGCUCCGGUCGAUUGGAUAUUUGUGAGGAUCAAAGUCAAGUUGCAACGAGAGUACAAUUUUGCCAAGGAUUUCAACCCAGACUUUCUUCCCAAUCUUUGAUGUCUUCAUGAAAAACUUGAGGAUUUAAAAAGUAUUCAACAGCCUUUUCCUUGCACACACCACUGACCAUACCUGCAAAAACUCUGAUCCUGCAACCAAAAGCAAACACUAGAUGUGUACCAUUACGGCUCAUCUGCAACUUAACACAUAGGGUCAACAAAAACAGCAUCUACCCCUGUAUAAUACAGAGAGGUGAAAGUCUAGGUAAUCACGUCCAAGUAUUGAAAUAUUUUAGUUUCUCGACAUCAGUGAUGGCAAAGAGCAAAUUUGAGUACGUCCGACAGUUUGAGACACAGGAUCCUUGUCUACCCAACACCUGGAUUGUGAUCCGACUGGAUGGUCGGAAUUUUCACAGAUUUUCCACAGAUCAUGGCUUCACCAAGCCAAAUGAUGAGCGAGCUCUGCAACUGAUGAACAGAGCUGCUGAGACUGUCAUGAAUGAUUUCAGAGACAUUGUCAUCUCGUAUGGACAGAGUGACGAGUUUAGCUUUGUUCUGAAGAAAUCCACAAUGCUUUACAGCAGAAGGGCCAGUAAGCUGAUGACCCACAUCGUGUCACAGUUCUCAUCUUCAUACGUGUUCCACUGGGCUCAACACUUCCCUGAUCAGCCCCUGCAGUACCCACCUGGCUUUGAUGGGCGUGUCAUCCUGUAUCCUAGCAACAAGAACCUCAGGGACUACCUCAGCUGGAGGCAAGCAGACUGCCACAUAAACAACUUGUACAACACCUGUUUCUGGGCACUAGUACAACAAGGAGGAAUGACAAACAAGCAGGCAGAGGAGAGAAUACGGCACACAUUUUCUGCUGACAAGAAUGAGAUUUUGUUCUCAGAGUUUGGGAUCAAUUAUAACAAUGAACCAGAGAUAUACAAGAAAGGCACAGUUCUUGUGUGGAAGAGGGUGGAGGAGACAGUGAUGAAAACGUGCCGGACUGAAGAGGACCCCGUAGAACGUCCAAGGGAAGUCACUAAACUACGAAAGAAAGCUGUGCCUCUUCAUACAGACAUUAUAGGGGAUGUGUUCUGGGAAGAACACCCUGAUAUACUGGAAGAGGAAUGUUUUGGAUAGGAAGGAUUUCCUGCUGGUUUGGAAACAAAGAAGACAUACAUGGACAAUUAUCCUGGGUACUGGGAUGUUCCCCAGGUACAAAUGUAUUACUCCUCCAAAUUAAAUGUCCAAAUAAAGAACUGUAUAAAAAUGCUUAACUUUAUGUAAGGGUUACAUACUUUUAUCUUAAGUAUGUCCUCACUUCUAAGGUGUUACUAUUUGUAGAUUUACAUAACUUUUUAUAAAAAAUACAUUCUACCACGUACUGCAAGGAUUUUUCACCAGGACUGACAAAAAUGACACACAAAAAGCCCACAUACAUAAGACUAUGACCUGAACCUUAUAUUUAUUUGUACAGCGUCACACACUACCAAGUUUAACACUACUGGAAUGUAUUUUCAAAUACAAGAUUGGCUCAAGUCACUUUUCACUGGUCACAUCAAAUAAAAGAUGUAACAAUUCUGUAGCAGUUCA